AUGAGCACAGAUACUAUGCAAAGAUCAGGUUCAGUUCGUUGGGGAGAUUUAGAAGAAGAUGAUGGACAAGAUCUUGAUUUACCUUUACCACCACCAGCGGUAAGCGGACCACAUAGUAAUCUUAUUAAGAAAACUAUUGAACGUCGUUCGUGGACUAAGUUUGGUGAUGCUGUUCAUGAAGAUGUUGGUGCUGGACUUACCACGGUUUCUACUGAAGAAGUUCGUCUUGAAAGGCCUCGACCUCCUGGUAGCAAGGAUGACACCUGGGUUCUUGGAGAUCCAUUGGCACGUGGCACUUCCAGGCCAGGAACCUACAUUCCUCCUGGCCAGAGAGAUGGCGCGAGACAAGUUGGAUCACAGAUGAGACCACGGAGGAAAGAAGAAAACUCUGUUCGCGUCACAAACCUCUCAGAAAAUACUCGCGAGCCUGACUUGCUUGAGCUGUUCCGCAGAUUUGGUGCUGUCAGCCGUGUUUAUAUUCCUGUCGACCGGAGGACUGGCAAGAGCCGAGGAUUUGCUUUUGUGAACUUUGUGAACAAGGUAGAUGCUGAGAGGGCCAUUAACGUGCUAAAUGGGUACGGUUAUGAUAAUCUCAUCCUCGGAGUCGGAUGGGCGACUCCUAGGGAAAAUUAG